CACUCGUGGAAUGUAACAGGAAUCUCCCAUCUCUUACUACUAGUACUCAAUGUUUGUUUUAUAAAUUAAUACAGGUCCUUUCAUUUGAGAUACAGUUCCAACAACGACCAUUACCACUACCUACCUCAUUGACAAACGUCAUUCAUUGCAUAUACAUGCACGGAUCAUACGAGUGUAUUGACAACGACUUAUUUUCACCAUCUCCCAAUUCUCAGCCGCAGCGACUCCGUACGUGAUUAUGGGCAACCAUCAUUCACGAGUCCGAAGCUAUUCCGGGUCUCGCAAUAGAUCUAAUACUGCAUCAAAGUACGAUCGAUGUCGGCAGGUUGCAACCAAUAUGCAGGCAAAAUGUGCACCUGUUCAAGCAAGAAAUGCUGAUCUCUGCCCCCCUCCUCCAUACACCCCACGGCACCCUUCAAAUGCUUCGGCAUCCAGGGCUUCGUCAUCUGGAGAUUCGCCUUACUCGUUCCUGUGCGAAUUUGAUACUGUAUUUCUGGUGGAUGACAGUGGUAGCAUGAGAGGGAGUCGCUGGAAUGAGGCUGCGGAUGCUAUUGCUGCCAUCGCGCCCGUUUGUACCGCACAUGACCAGGACGGUAUCGAUAUCUAUUUCUUAAACUAUCAACACGGAGGAACUGAUCCCAGAACUGGCGCAUAUACUAACAUCAAGACGUCUGAUGAUGUCCGCGAGAUUUUUUACGGUGUCGAGCCGCAAGGAGCAACUCCAGCUGGGCGCCGUUUGCGCCAGAUCCUGGACCCAUACCUUCGUCGCGUGGAGGCCAUAGCAGCCAAAGGAAAGGACCCUAGCGAGUCUGUGAAACCGCUCAAUAUCAUCACCAUCACAGACGGGGUGUUCACGGACGAUGCGGAGAGUGUUAUCAUCAACGCCGCCAAAAGGUUGGAUAAAUGCAAUGCUACACCAUGGCAGAUUGGCCUUCAGUUUUUCCAAAUUGGGGAUGACAAACACGCACAGGAAUAUCUGCAGAUGCUGGACGAUGACCUAGGUCACAAGUCAAAGAACGAGGGCAUGCGAGAUAUUGUGGAUACAGUGCCAUGGAGAGGUGACAAGGGUCAAACGUUGAGCGCGGACGGAAUUUUGAAAUGCGUCCUCGGUGCUGUCAAUCGCAAAUAUGACAAGUGUAACGCAUUUCGCUAACCUGGC